AAUCUCAGAUCUGCCAUUAAAAGCGUUUAUUGCUUUCCCAUUCGCGUGCGCAGUGCGUGCGGGACACGCGCCUGCGCUGGAACAAUUCUGGUUGCUGAGCUCUUUCUUGCGCGUUGCAGGUGAUGGAGCCCUAGUCUGAAUUUGUUGUCUGGCAGUGGUGAAUAGCCCCAAAUGUGGUUGUUUGAGCUAUUCAUACCCACUUCAUUAAUGAGCUGCAAACCAAAGGUUGCGCAUCAAGUACCGAGGGAAGCUAUGAUAUCACUGAGAGCGUCGAAGACUGACUUUCCGGCGGAGGUUCUGAGGAAAUAAAGUUAUGGCCGGAAAAUGUGAAGGGCCGGCGAUCGGAAUCGACUUGGGAACGACGUACUCGAGCGUCGGAGUGUGGCGACACAACCGUGUAGAGAUUAUAGCGAAUGACCACGGGAACAAAAAGACGCCGUCCUGCCUGGCGUUCACGGACGCCGGCCUUCUCAUUGGCGAGGACGCUAAGAACACAGUCUCCCUGAACCCAAUUAACACUGUCGUUGGUACGCUCCUUUCCUUGGUGCUUAUAUUAGUUUUGUUUUACUUUAUCACAGCAAACAUUUCUACCAUAUUUAGCUAAUUUGAAGGUCUGGGGAUUUUAGGCUUUAUGCUGUAUUGAUUGAGAGAGUAACAGAAAAAGACUUGUUCCGUAUACUGCAUUGCUAUUGAUUCUGGCAGUUUCUUCAUGGAACCUAACUGUGAUUUCAAAUCUGCCUUAUUUGAAUUACUUUAGAUGCUAAGCGUUUGAUAGGGAGGAGAUUCAGCGAUCCCUUAGUACAGAGUGAUAUUAAGCUGUGGCCUUUCAAGGUGAUUGCCACACCUGGUGACAAACCUAGGAUAGUAGUCAAAUACAAGGGUGAGGAGAAGCAGUUUUCUGUCAGGGAAAUCACUUCCAUGGUUAUAACAAAGAUGAAGGAGAUUGCAGAGGCUUAUCUGGGAACCACAAUCAAGAAUGUGGUGAUCACUGUCCCUGCACACUUCAAUGACUCCCAAAGACGGGCCACUAAGAAUGCCGGAGUCAUCUCUGGCCUCAAUGUUAUGCGUAUCAUCAACGAACCCACCGCAGCUGCAAUUGCAUAUGGUUUGGAUAAGAAAGCAAGCAGCUCGGGCGAGAAGAACGUCCUCAUCUUCGACCUUGGCGGUGGUACUUUUGAUGUCUCUCUUAUCACGAUAGAAGAGUUAAUCUUUGAGGUCAAGGCCACUGCAGGUGACACUCAUUUGGGAGGUGAAGACUUCGACAACAGACUGGUGGACCACUUUGUUCAUGAGUUCAAGAGGAAACACGAGAAGGAUAUCAGUGGAAACCCUAGGGCAUUGAGGAGACUGAGGACAGCGUGUGAGAGGGCAAAGAGGAAUUUGUCCUGCGCUUCUCAGACCACCAUUGAACUUGAUUCUUUGUUUGAGGGUAUUGAUUUUUACCCAACCAUUACGAGGGCACAGUUUGAGGAGUUGAACAUGGAUUUGUUCAGGAAGUGUAUCGGAUCAGUUGAUAAGUGUCUGAGAGAUGCGAAGAUGCAUAAGAGGAAUGUCCAUGAUGUUGUCCUCGUGGGCGGAUCUACUAGGAUCCCCGUGAUUCAACAGUUGUUGCAGGAUUUCUUCACUGGGAAGGUAUUAUGCAAAAGCAUCAACCCUGAUGAAGCGGUUGCAUAUGGUGCCGCGGUGCAUGCUGCAAUGUUAGGCGGAGAAGGUGUCUGCGAGGUUCAAGAUUUGUGCGUGUUGGAUGUCACUCCACUGUCUCUAUGUGUGAAGAAGACUGGUGAUUUUCUGAAAGUUCUGAUCCCGGGGAACACAAUCGUCCCCAUCACUAAAGAGCAUAUUGUCCACACUAAGUCAGACAACCAGCGUGGCAUGCUGAUCCAGGUCUACGAGGGGGACAAGGCCAUGACAGAGGACAAAAAUUUAUUGGGCAAAUUCGUGCUGUCGGGCAUUCCACCAGCCCCAAAGGGUGUCGCACGGAUCUCUGUGCGCUUUGACUUUGAUGCUAACGGUAUUCUAAACAUCUCUGCAGAAGACAAAACGGAAGGACAUAUGGGUAAGAUCACCAUCAACAAAGUUAAGGGAAGGCUCUCCAUGGAUGAAAUGGACAGAAUGGCGACUCAUUCAAGUGCACAGCUUCGAGUGUCAAAACGUCCUAGACCAGAGGAGGCUGUCAAUUCCUCGGUACUCCAAGGUGAGGUAGAUAUCGAGGAGUUCACUAAGAGAUGGCUUCCCCCACAGGACCAGCAACUGUUAGGGACUCUCAAGCUCCCCACUUUAGAGGAAGGCGUAAUGCGCCGCUGCUUUGAGGCAUUGUUCCGCCGUUUUGUGGAAUUAUCUCAAAGGACCAAUCGGGAGAUGAACCUCCAGAAAAGGGUUGUUGACCUGGAGAGGGAAAACAAAGGCCUUUUAGACAAGAUGGAGGAGUACAAGAAGCAGAUGGAGAAGUGGAAUGAGAAGGCUCAGACCUCUUCCAUUGAGGCUGUGAGGGCCUUCAAAAUGUCCCAGGAGUAUGCCCAAGCCAUCAACAAAGCGGCGAAGGCUCGAAUGAAAGAAAUUGUAUUUGAGUGGCUAGAGACUGAAGAGGGCCGGGAGAAGAGCUCGGGACAAAGUCCACCUCCCACUCAUAACUGAUAUAAUAAUAUCUUACAACUAAACGGAAUACAUUAUUUAAUGCAAGAACUACCAGUUUAGACAGACGUGGAAAGAUGCGCAUGUGGCUCACAGUGAUUACCUUUGAUCAAAAGGUGAUGUCAUAUUUCGUGAAAUAUGAUCUUGUCAUGUUUGCAUCUUGUAAGACUAGUCUUUUUGUACCUGUAACUUGGUCCUUUAUGACACAUGCAUUUCUUGAGAGUAGUCUUUUUAUACCUAUUUCAUGGUCCUUUACCACCUAUUCAUUUUGCAAAACUAAUAUAUUUUACACGUAAGCAUUUCAUAAGUCUAGUCUUUUUGCCACAUAUGCAUCUUGUAUGACUAGUCUCUUAUCUUAUGUAUUUAUCCUUUUACUAUAUAAAUACUCCCUCCAUCCCAUAAAAUUCUUCCCGCUUGCCUCUUUGGGAUGUCCCAAAAAAAAUUCCCAUUUCCCUUUUUGAAAAGUUUUGUGUGGCUAACAUUCAUUUACCUUUUUCUUACUCAAUUACAACCAUACAUUUCCACUUUAUUUCCACUUUCUUAAACUCCGAUCCAAGUCAAACCAGCAAGAAUUUUAUGGGAUUGAGGGAGUAUAUAUAUAUUAAGCUGGAGAAUUUGGACAUUAUCUGCUUAAGAGGCAACUGAAAUUACAGUUUCUUUAUGACUUCACCAAAACCGGUAGCAUUUACUGAAACGACGAUGAUCUGUCUGAAUGUAAGAAUGUUAUUGAUUAUCAUAUCAUAUUGCAUCACAAACAACGGAUACCAUAUUUCCAUGAAUUUUAAGGCUUUUGUUUUACAAGGAAAGGGUGUGGUUUGCCUCAUUGCUGAAAGAAGCGUCACAGCUAUUGCUGAGGCGAUACCAUUCUUAACAUAAGCUGCCAGGGGAGAACCCAGAAGCUGAGAUGCAGCGUUCAGAGCUCCCAUGGUAGCACUAUAGAAAUUCGAACACUGAAAACUGCGGUUCAGAGAAGUUGUUUUGACAAUUUGGAAGCACCUGCGACCAGAACAUGAAUGCAGAAACUUGGGUCUAUGGUUUUAGCACACAGAGCUUGUAUGGUUUGUUUACCUGUGUAUGGAUUCACAAAGAAGAAGAAAAGGCUUAGGAAUAUCAGAGAGGGUAUACAUAUUGCAAAGUUGGCCAUUGUUUUUGUAGGGAUCUUGAGUUUUGAGAUUUAACAUUAUUUAGUGUCAAAGUAGGAUGAAUUUAAUGCUAGGCAUGGCAAGGGAUUAAGUUUGUGAUAGAGAUUAGCCCAAAUACGGGAGUUGUUUCACUUCCUUUAUGGAAUGAUUAUCUGCCGUUUUCUGCUUCUUGUAACAGUUUUACCACAUCAGUAAUAAAUACAUAGUAAUUUAUUUUUUCGUUUAA